UCUCUCAAAUAAAAUUUUCGUAAUUUCUUGACCAACUUUAUUAACAAUUGUAAGCGUUAAAUCUUUUCACGACUUAAAUUAUUAGAUUUUUGAAUGAGAUAUUUUUUAACUUUGAGUAAGCAUAACACAUGUGAAUUAUGGUUCCAUUAUUCCCAUUAAUCACAUAUGAACCAGCAAAUUUGGUACCAACGUGUACCAGACAAUUAUUAGUACCGGGAGCCAUUCAUACUUCCGCUACCUCCAAAGUAACCCGCUCUUGUGCCAACCGGUUGCCAUGGAAACCAGUAACAAACACUGCCAGACAUUGUCAUUAACAGAAGUUCGUUCCGAUGAUUUUCCAAUGUAUGACGAGACUGUAGAAGUGGAUGCCAAGGAAAUUGAUAGCCCUUCUGAAGACGAGAUGUCCAAGUUCAACCCUCCAGUCCGGCAUACGGCGAGACAUGACUUUGAUUCUGACUCCGCCAGUGACGACACGCCGGAGAAGUUUGACUCAUCAGAGGAGGAUCAGUCGCCGGAUCGACAGUCGAAGCAUUCGGAUAAGGAUAACAAUACAAAAGCUAAAAAUAACGACCUCUCCCGGCAGUCCAGUCGUCGGCACGAUUCUUCUAAUUCCGAAUCGGAUAGUGCGGAUUUAGAGGCAGUGUUAAAUCGGCCCGACCCAGUGCUGCCAACUAGCGGCAAAAAACGAGGAGUCGUUAUACCAGCUGAAGGGGCCUAUGAUCCCAAACAGUUUGCUGAUCUGAAAGUGCCAGCUGAAAUGGAGAACAUCUUUCAAUAUAUCAUGAAAUACACGCCCCAGAAGAUAGAUAUAGACUUCAAGCUCCAGCCCUUCAUACCGGAAUAUGUCCCAGGUGUUGGCGACACGGAUGCGUUCAUAAAAGUCUCCGCGCCCGUAUGCGGUCUAAGAGCUGAGCCCCUUGCUGAACGCGCCCUUAACAUGAUUGAUAAUUUAGGUUUAACAAUAUUGGACGAACCAGCGGCUGAACAAAGUGACACGGCGUUGUUGCAUCUCCAACUUAGAGCCAUUUCUAAGACUAGCAGUGCGAAAUCCAAUCUUUUAACGAAGAAAAUCGAGAAUGCCGAAAGCAAUCCCAAGGCGAUAGAGAGAUGGAUAAAAGAUGUCAGCGAGUUACAUAUAUCGAAACCGGCCCCCACCGUCAGUUAUACUACAAAAAUGCCGGAUAUAGACAGCCUAAUGGAAGAGUGGCCCGACGCUAUGGAGGAAACAUUGAACGAAGUUGGUUUCCCGCCGGCGAGUCUUGACUGCUCACUGUCACAAUACGUUGAUAUAGUCUGUGCAAUAUUUGACAUUCCAAUAGCGGGAGACACGCUCAAUGACAGAUUACAGGCGCUACAUUUGUUGUUUAGUCUGUAUUCAGCUGUCAAAAACUCGCAGUUGUACGCCGAUAGGAUAAAAGAGGAAAAGGGAUAAGCGGGGACGUACUGGAAAUUUAGGGGAGAGGCCUAUAUCCAACAGCGGACGUCAACAGGUUGAAACGAAGGUUACGUUCUUUUACGUUUCUAGUAAUAAAGGUCUUUUGAUUUAAA